AUGGCCCACUUCCAACCCUUUGCAGACUUCCCGCAUAUAUCCUCCGGGGACAAUCUGCCCCAGGAUUAUGAGCUGUUUCCCAGUCAGUACGAGCCUUACACGGACCCCACGAUGAUUCAACAGCCCUCAGCCUACCAACUUCACCUUUCCCCCGCCGACCUUUCAAUGAAGAGCGCCUACAUCGCCCCCUCUAUGCCGUGGUCAGCCGAGCCGAUCUUGUCGCAUAACACCGGUUCAUUGCCUGCCCCCUCUGGUUUCAAUUCUCCUUGGAGCAGUGAUCUUAUCUCCAGUCCAGGAGCAGACAGCCCCACUAGCGCUAGCUUCAGCAAUCUCAACAUGGGCUGUUAUAUGUCCCCUCCUUAUACCUGCGAUGAUGUCGUGCUUCCGCAAUCAGGGCUCGAAGCUUGCUCCUCCCCGGCGUCUUUCACCGACGCCGACAGCCUCGUGGUGCCUUCCCAAGUGUAUCCUGAUCCCGAUCCUAUGGUGAAGCUGGAGACAGAGUCGGAUAAUGCCAUGAGCGGGGCUUUUAGCUAUAAUAGCCCUCCUCGGCACGAUGAGUUUGAUACUGCCUAUGACGUUCGAAGCAGCCAAUAUUCAGACAUCACCAGUCAGCAAGACGUCCGCAGUUCACCCAGUUCUCAGUCCAAGCCACGGCAACCGUCCAGACCUAACACUGGCCGCAUAGUCAAACGACCCCGCAAACCCUCCGCAAAGGGGAGGUCUACCUCCGCGGCCCGGGCCAAUACCAAGACUGGCGGUAAGAAGGAUGGUGCGGUGACCGGCCGAGUGUUUAUCUGCAGUUUCUCUCAUUAUGGGUGCCAAAGCACUUUUGUUUCGAAGAAUGAGUGGAAGCGCCAUGUGACUUCGCAGCACAUCCAACCGGGAUUCUACCGUUGCGACGUUGGACGCUGCAGUCUCGACAAUCUCAGCAAGAAUAAGACCUUAGAACCAAGCAGCUGUGCCUCAUACAACGAAACGCAUCUGGUGAACGACUUCAACCGCAAGGAUCUUUUCACCCAACACCAACGUCGCAUGCAUGCCCCCUGGGUCGGUCGGAGCCGCAAGCAGCCUGAAAACGACCAGGAGCGAGAUGAAUUUGAGCAGAGUCUCGAAGCCGUUCGGGCUCGCUGCUGGCAUGAGCAGCGCAAGCCGCCUUCCCAGAGCCGCUGUGGCUUCUGCGGGCAGCACUUCACUGGGGCGCGGAGCUGGAACGACCGCAUGGAGCAUGUCGGCCGCCAUUACGAGAAAGGAGACACCCAGUACGAAGCAGAAGAUACCUUGCUGCGUCAAUGGGCAAUGGAGGAGGACAUCAUCCGGCAGGUGGAAGGAGAGUGGAAGUUGGCCGGCCUUUGCGAGAAGUAA